UACAGUUGUUCUUUAGCGUCUAGCACACUGCAAGAACAUGGGCAAAAAGAAGGCAAAUCAGUUGGGCCGGUCACUAAUCAAGGAUCGCUUCGGACACGGCAAUCGCAGGACAGUCGACAAUGGAAGCAUGCUCCACACGACGGAAGUGCAGGAUGGGUACGACUGGGGCCGCCUGAACCUGCAGUCGGUUACGGAGGAAUCGUCCUUCCAGGAGUUCCUGCGUACGGCUGAACUGGCCGGUACUGAGUUUCAGGCAGAAAAGCUUAACAUCUCGUACGUGAACCCGAAGUCAAAGGUGGGCCUGCUAACGUCGAACGAGCGGGUGGAGAUCAUUCGCAAGCAGAUCGACAAGAAGGAUCUACUGAAGAUACCUCGCCGCCCCAAGUGGACGAAAGAGAUGUCUCCGGAAGAGCUGCAUCUGGCCGAAAAUGGGUCGUUUCUCGAGUGGCGCCGCGGAUUGGUUGCGCUACAGGAAGACGACGAUAUGUUGCUGACGCCGUACGAGAAGAAUUUGGACUUUUGGCGACAAUUGUGGCGUGUGGUCGAACGCAGUGACAUUGUGGUACAGAUCGUCGAUGCCCGCAACCCGUUGCUGUUCCGAACGGAGGAUCUAGAGCGGUACGUGACGGAGCUGGACCCGAACAAAAUGAACAUGAUCCUGAUCAACAAGUCUGACUUUCUGACGGACGAACAACGGAAGUGUUGGGCAGAGUACUUCGAUGAGCAAGGCGUCCGAGUAGCGUUCUACUCGGCCAUCCUAGCGGAGGAGGAAGCCAAGCGGGAGACGAGUGAAGAACGUGAGGACAGUGAUGGAUCGGAUGAUGAAACAGGCGAAACCGAAGUGGAGGAACGUUUGAGCAACCUAAAACUUUCUGUCGAUAAGGCGGAAAAGACACUGGAAAAGCUUGAGAAGCACAUUGAUGAGUUCGCCGGAAGUGACGAUACGUGUGGGACAAAAAAUAGCUCAAAGUUGCUUUCAAACAGUGAGUUGAUCGCUCUCUUCAAGAGUAUUCACCGCGCGCAACGCGUUACGCAGGGUGUUGUGACGGUCGGAUUAGUCGGAUACCCGAACGUGGGCAAGAGUAGCACGAUCAAUGCGGUGUUGCUAGAAAAGAAAGUGUCUGUUUCGGCAACGCCCGGCAAGACGAAGCAUUUUCAAACGCUGUACGUCGACAGUGAACUGAUGUUCUGCGACUGUCCCGGCCUGGUGAUGCCAAGUUUUUGCAUCACCAAAGCGGACAUGAUACUGAAUGGCAUCUUACCGAUCGAUCAGAUGCGCGACCAUGUUCCACCGGUGAACCUACUCUGCACACUCAUUCCACGUCACGUGAUCGAGGAUACGUACGGAAUCAUGAUUGCAAAACCGAUCGAAGGUGAAGACCCGCUUCGACCGCCACAUUCCGAAGAUCUUCUACUGGCUUUUGCCUACAAUCGAGGAUUCAUGACCUCGAACGGGCAGCCUGAUCAGUCGCGUGGUUCACGUUACGUGCUGAAGGAUUACGUCAACGGGAAACUACUUUACUGCCACGCACCGCCCGGAAUGGAGCAGGACAAAUUUCACCACUUUCCCGAGCGCCAGCGGGAUGAGAUUGACGUUAAACUGCUUCCCCCUAGGCAGCAACGGGCGAUGAAGAUAAGCAUUAAAAAAACCAGCACCGAUGUCGAUGAAAUGUUCUUCAAAGAACGUGCCCAAACCGGACUGAUCAAGGGACGCAGUAACUUUCCUCACAUCCGCCCGUUGGGCCCGCAGUCGGUGGAGGAGCUGACACCGGCCCAGGCUGCCGCUGCCGGAAAACCCUGGAAACACCAGAAACGCGAGAAGCGUGAAAAACUACGCCGAAAGUACGUUCACUUAGAUCAGCAUUAGGGUUUUUUCUUUAAACUGACGCGGCCAAUCGCGGCGAAUUUACGUCAGAUGUUAUCGUGUAAUAUGUACAUAAAAAAGAAUAAAGUUAUAUUCUCAAACGUA